AUGACAACUUAGGCUCCAUUACUUAAGAUCAAGCAUUCAAAGCUUUAUCAGUUUAACUAUGGAGAAUACCAAAAACUUGAAAGAUAAAAAACUAUCUUUCUAAAGGAUUCCUCCAACCUUAACUACUUUGAGACUAUCACCACUUUAGACCUGGCUUCUCAGAAUGCAGAUAAAUUACCCCCAUUAAACACACUUCAAUAUUAUUUCACUAAUUUAAGAGAACUGAAUCUGUCGAGUAACAGAAUAUCUAACCUAGACACUGAUGCUUUUGUCAAGGCUUGUCCAAAGAUAAUUAAACUAGAUAUUUCCAAUAAUCAAAUAGCCCCUAUUCAGCAAAUACUGCUUUUGAACAAAUUAGAGUAAUUAAAUGAUCUUAAUAUAGCUGGGAAUCCUAUCGAUAUUAUUGGAAAGAGGAUAUGUCUACUCAGAUGCAUAGUGUUAGAUGAGCAUGAACCCUAAAUGAAUGAGAAAUUAGUAGUGGAAUAUUUAUAACAAAACUAUUCUCAUGUGCCGAGAAUGAGACCUUAGACUGCUGUGCUACCCUAGAAGAAGAGAGUAUUUCCUAAUUGCACUGAUGAAUAUAAUUAUCAAAGAGAAGUGCUUACUUAUGUUAGUAUUGAAGACAAAAAUGUCCAGGGGAUACUUAUGAUGACUUCUCUAACGCCAAGAUCCGGUGGAAAUUUUAGAUAUCUCAGAGUUCUUAAUAAUGAUAAUAUUACAGUCAGAGAGUUGGAGGAGAUUUUGUAUUAUGUAAAGUUUAAGUAGGACUAUGAUAACCAAAGGAAUCUAUAUUUGAUGGAAUAACAAUAGGCUUAAUAUGAAUAUCAAAAGUCCACUUUGAAAAAAGGCAGUGAAAGCAUUAAUCGAGAUAAGCUUUUAAAACCCAAAAACUCUAAACGCAAGCCAAAGGAAAGGUAGACUAACAAGAGAAUAGUUAUUUAAAACAUAGAGGAGAUUAGACCUGAUACAAUUUAGAGGUUUUUGUUCUAAGGUGGAGGUGAGCAAGAUGGCAGAUUCUAAGAGCAAAAUUCAAAUUUCAAGAAGAGAGAGAUAGACUCAUUAGAAUUCAUUGGAGAGAAGAAAAGAAUUAAAGAGGAAAGACUUUAAAAUAAGAAAGACUACAUUAAGAUUAGAGAUAAAAUUAUCUCCAUGAAGUAGGAAAAUGAGAUACCUGAGUUCAGAUUCAAGAAGAUAACUAAGGCUCCAACGUUUAAACCUGAAGAAGUCAAAAUGCAUACCAUAUAAAUUAAAGCUAAGAAUAUAUCACAAGCUUUGAUGGAUGAUAUAUUCGUUAAGAAAGAGGUUUAAAAGUACCAAACAAAGGGAAAGAUAAAAGUAAUGAGAAGGAUCAAAUAGGAAAGACUUCAAAGAGCCAAGAAUUAAGAUAUCCUUAAUCAGAGUUUUGAAUCAUCAGAUAUGAAUGAAAGGAAAGAACAAGAUCUGAUAAAACUGAAAGAUUCCUCAUCAGAUGAAGAUAUCGAUGAGUCCCCUGAUUCAAGAGAUGACGAUCAGAAAUCUUUGACUGAGAUAUUAAGUACUGAGGAGAAUCAAUCUAAGGCCCCUGAAUCAAUCUAACACUCUCCAGAAAAUAACAAUAACUAUCACCAUCAUCAGUUCAUGUCUCGAAAUAUGACAUAGCCCCUGACUACUCAGAUAAAUUCUCCUGCCUAUAAUAAUAAAACUGACUAGUAACUUUUAAUGAGAACACUUUCUCCAUCCUCAGAUUAAUUGCAACUGAGCAAGGCUAAGACUAUGAUGAGUAACUGUUUUAGUGAGAAUAACUUGAAAACUGACUUUGAGAUUAAAAAAGAUUACUAUAUAAACAAAAAGGUUAACUAGCAGAACCACAUAACAAAUUAGAAAAAUAAUUUCAAGCUAAUGAUUGGUAGAGCUCAUCGAGAAGUCUACAAGAAAAAGGACUAUGAGGAGGCCUAGAAAAUUCUGAGAAGGGAUUUAUUUAAAGGUCACAUGAAGUAUGAAGACUUAAAGUCAUCUAAUCUAAAGAUGGAAUAUAUCUAGCUAGUGAAAGAUAGAGAACUGUUUAAAGAGUCUUUAGAUUAUUUUGAUAAGCAUAAGGAAUUUCUAGAGACCAAUGAAUUUUAUAGGGAGUUCUUUCAAAAUAGAAGUAAUGGGACAAAUGGGAAAAAUGAUGCUGAAGAGUUGGAAAGAUAUGAAGAUUUGGUGCUCUUGUAUCUGAAUUGUAAAUAAAAUGAACAUAGAAAAUAAGAUAUCAAGAAGCUCAGAUAAGUUGUAAAUAAGAUCUGUCCAACUGAUGCAGAGAGUCACUUCAAACAUAAAAAGAGAAAUGUAAUUGAAAAGCUAGACAAAGACCUCACAAAGAUAAGUGAAUAGGAAUUUCAAAGGCUUUAAACACUGCUCAAUCUAUACUCUAAACUUGACUCAUUUCCACCAUCAAUAAAGAAUUUCGAUAAAUGGCUUGAGAUAAAUAGAGAGCACUAGCAAAGAGCUUACGAAAAGGAAGAAUAAUUCCGUAAACAUGUGGAGUCUCUUCCACAAACUAAAAUAAAACAAGCCAAAUAGCAAAAAUAAACAUAAGAGAACAAGAGAUAACAAGUGUCAUUAAUGAACACAAUUAAAUUGGAAAACAAUUACUUCUUGUCUCCCUCAAAUCAUGUGUUAUAGAAAAGUCCCUAGGAAGUACUAAAUCUUAAGUCUAAGUCAGAAGCAAAUCUAAUGAGACCAAUGACAGCUGUUACUACUGUAUCGACAGCUGCUUCCACCACUAAUCAUUAGAGACAGGAGUCAAAUAAGUUUAAAAACAGAAUAAUGAGUCCUGACCUUAAGAAGCUUAAGAAGUUGUCUAGCAUAACAAAAGUUGAGUUCAUUGAGAAGUAAAUGAAUUAGCCUAAGAUUAAUAGUAAAAGAAUGGAAGAUGAUUGGGAACCCCUUGACAUGAAGGGCUCAAUCCUAGAAUACAUUCCUUAGUAUAAUCAUUUUUGGAAUGAUCUGAAGUAGAAGGUAUUCCCCUUGGGCCCACUAGAAUAAAUAAUAAAAGAUCCAUAUAAGUACAAUCAUACAAAGGAAAUUCUGGAUGUAGAGUUAAGAAAGCAGCAAAAGGCUGAGAUCCUCUAGAAGAAGAUGAAGAAAAAGAUGUCAGCUAAACUUUUGGAUGAGUAUGACAAGCUGUAAUCGAAGGUGAUUGGAAGUAAAUACAGGUUUGUACAAUACCCUGACCAGCUGAUUGAAAAGAAGAAAGUGCCAAAUAAUGGAGAUGACAGAAGCGUGGACAUUAGUCUGUACUUGGAUGAUAUAUGCGAGACCUCCACUAUUAUGGAAAAGAAGAUGAAUGGUAAGACCAGUGCUGAUAUGUAUGUAUUAAGUGAGAAGAAGGAGAAGAUUAAUAGACUGCUUGAAAAAGAAGCUAUUCUAACACCUAAAGUGCAUAGUUACAAUAUGCUUGGUAGAAUUGUGAAAUAUGCUCAUAAGAAAUAUGAUUAGAUAGAUUGA